GCAUCCGAGAUUACUACAGAUACACCAAUUUCACCGAAAUCUCCCUUGAAUCGCUGGUGUGAACCUUUUUAUUUUGUGUUUGUGUGUGUGUGUGUGUGUGCAGCGACCAGGUUUAUCUACGGCUCCACAUCGCCUCCACACAUCGCUUUCACAGCGCGGAUGAAGAACAUUUUGUGAUUUUUUUUUGCCAUUUGCAGAUAAUUCUCGUGUAGAAUAUCUUUCUGUCCGGGGUCCUGGAUUUACACAGAGGGGGAGCGGGGAGCCGAUCAUCCGUCGUUCUCUUGGUACCAGGGAGCACGUGACCCCGGAGAUGAACAAGCUUCGUCAAAGCCUGAGGAGGAAGAAGCCCACCUACGUGCCAGAGGCCAGCAGACCGCAUCAGUGGCAGGCUGACGAGGAGGCUGUACGAAAGGGCAAAUGUAACUUCCCUGUUCGGUACCUGGGGUUGGUUGAGGUGGAGGAGUCGAGAGGGAUGCAUGUAUGCGAGGAGGCAGUGAAGAAGCUAAAAGUUAGUGGGAAAAAGACAGUCAAGGCAGUAUUGUGGGUUUCAGCUGAUGGACUCAGGGUGGUGGAUGACAAAACCAAGGACCUCAUUGUGGACCAGACCAUAGAAAAGGUUUCAUUCUGUGCUCCUGAUCGUAACUAUGAUAAGGCCUUCUCCUACAUCUGCCGAGACGGUACUACCAGACGGUGGAUGUGCCACUGCUUCAUGGCUCUCAAAGACUCGGGGGAGAGACUGAGCCAUGCAGUUGGCUGUGCCUUUGCUGCCUGUCUGGAGAGGAAGCAGCGUAGGGAGAAGGAGUGCGGCGUGACGGCUUCUUUUGACGCCAGUCGCACCUCAUUUGUGCGUGAGGGCUCCUUCCGCGCCAACUCUUCCUGCAGCCAGCAGGGCAGCAGCAGCGAGCGAGAUGACAAGCUGCCAGACAAGAAGAAAGACCAACCUUCUGCAAUCCCAGCCCUCCCACCUGGCACCGCCUCCCCACCUGAGGGUGCAGCAUCCCCCAUGGAGCGGCCAGAACCUGGCGGGCCUCACGCCAUCCCUCGUCGUCACGCGCCCAUCGAGCAGCUGGUGCGCCAAGGCUCGUUCCGGGGAUUCCCCGCCCUCAGCCAGAAGAACUCUCCCUUCAAGAGGCAGCUGUCGCUCCGUCUCAACGACCUGCCAUCAACACUGCAACGCAAGACCGACUUCCAGGCCAAGAACCCUGUACCAGAGAUGGACAUGGGGUUGCCAGGUGAGGGAGACAGUAGUAUUAAUGCCCUGUGUUGCCAGAUCAACACCUCCUUCACCAAGCCAUCGGACGAGCUCUUCUCCAACCCCUCUUUGUCUGCAAAUGGCCCUCCAACCUGCACUGUGCCCCCGGCCCUGCCUCCACCGCCUGCACCAAUGCAGGCCACUUCUUCCUGGGUGCAGCCAGAGCCUCCACUCCACUCUCCUCCUCCGGUUUCUGUGGCGAUGCAGAUGCAUAUGCAGAUGCAGAGUGGACACAGGCGCACACCCUCGGAGGCUGAGAGAUGGCUGGAGGAGGUCUCCAAGGCUGUCAAAGCUCAACAGACCCCUCCCCCAGGCCCCACAAUCCCCACCAUCCCUGGACCUCCCUCCAUGUCGAGUCAACAGAUGUCCAGUCAGGCAGCCAUAUCAGCCGCCCAAGUAUCCACUGUCCCGAUGUCCCUUGGCACCAUGUCCAAACCUCUCAUCUCAGGCCCCCCUGCUCUCUCAAGUCAGGCCCCGAUGCCCCUCCCACCCAUGUCACUAUCAUCAGUUCCUCUAAUACCAGGCCCACCCGUGUCAGGCCCCCCUAUGUCUCUACCUUCCAUGUCCAUUCCCACGAUGUCCGGUCCGAGCAUGUCUGGGGCCCCCAUGAUCCAGCCCUCCCUCCCCGGGCCGCCAGGCUCCCUUCCAAGCACCAUGCAGCCAUUCCCCUUGGCUUUUGAUGCCACUCCAGCCCCUGUGGGAAUGUUCGCCAGCCAGCCUGUCCAACCAGCAUUCGUGCCCAUGCAGACCUACAUGCCAGGCUUGGCCAGCAGUAUGACCUAUCCCAACGCCAGCGUGCCUGUGGUGGGCAUCACUCCAUCACAAAUGGUGGCUAAUGUCUUCUGCACUGCUACAGGCUCAUCUGGUGCAGGUGGAGCCAUGGGCUCAGUCGUAGGAGGACCCAAAGUGGGGUCACUCGGAACAGUUGGGCCAUACCAUUCACACCCAGGAGCACCUGCUGCAGUCGGGCACAGUGGAGGGUUUUCCACACCGCCAUUCUCUUCCACUCCGCCAUUAUCAACAGCCAUUAAUGGCCUCCCACCGCACAGCAGCGUCAUGAUGGACCUCCAGAAUGGGACCACCAACAGUGGUGGCAGCAGUAGCAGUUGGCCGCCAGAGGGCAGCCAGCUAACAGCUCCGGCAGCCAGCGAUUCCCAAGACGAUGAUCGUUUUGAGGCCAAGUGGGCGGCACUGGAGGCCAAACCAGCGCCUCAGCAGCCUGGGAAUAAGGCACCAGCUGCAGCAGCCAACCCAUUUUCCAACAAUCUUCAAAAGACUUUUGAGAUUGAGCUUUAAGCCAGAGCUGGCCUCCCAAAGCUGUAGCUCUAGCCCUGGGGUUAAAGCCUGAGAAAGCCAGGCGCUAAUUCCAGCAUCUCUGCUUAGAACAGGAUUCCGGUCCUUAAAGUUACCCUAGCAUCUGACCUGUGGCAGCCUAGCAACUUGCUAAAAGUUCUCAUAGGAGUCUAUGAUAUAUUGAUCUUAAUUUCUUUCUCUACACACCCACGAGAGCUUGGAAGGAAGUUGGCAGAUUGCUGGGCUGCCAUUGGAGGAUCAGGUCUCUAGCUCACUAGACUUGAUGGACUGAAUCCUUCCACUCUACCCGCUACCCACCUCUUUUCCCUGCUUUCACGUCUCCACUCUGGCUUUACUUUACCUGCUGCAAGUCCCUGGAUGUACUGUAUGUGCCCCCUCGAGGACAAUGUGGGGGGACACAGCUCAGUGGUUUCUUUCUUUAAAAGUGGACUCCACUUAGAUGCAUUCCAAACCCAUGAAAUGUUUUUCUUUUUCUGGUGGAGAUCUUGCUGGAGAAUUUAGCGGAUAUGACUACAUUACAAGACGUGCAGAGAAGUGAUUUGUUGACUUCUGAUCAGACUGAUGCUGAUCUCAGCCAAGCACAGCAAAAGUUUGGAUACCUGAAAGGACUAGCCAAUGAUGUAAGACCCGACCCUACCAACUCAAAAGGACUUACUGACUAAUAGUAGAGAUUUAUGGCCAAAAUUAUUUUAUUUAUUGUAUUUCAUUUUUUUAUUUUAACAAGUUAUAUAUACUUAAAAAUCAAAUUUUUAAAGCAGUGUUUCAGGAGCAUUUUGUUUUCCAUCCCCUAUAUUUAUUUUUGUUGAACCAUAAAGAGGAGGAAAACUACAGGUAGCACACAGGAAACAGGUGUGAUUGGGCAGCAGUAGAGGGAAACAUAACAGGCAGGGGCGGAUCUAGAGAAAUAUUCAUUAGACAGCAAUAGGGAUGGAUCCGUUAAGGUGUAGCAGAAAUACAUGCUGAUUUAAUUGCAAACAAUCACAUAUAUCAAUAUUUGCUUGGAAAAGCCCCCAAAUUAAGUUAUUUUAACCAGGGUUAGGGUUUUUAAUUUAAAUGUAUUAUUAUGUAAUGCAUAAUAGCAUUGAAUGGAGAUAUCUCAAUACAUUGUUUUAUUUCCAAAUAUUCAGACAUUUUCCUAAUCUUUUUUUAUUGAACUUAGUCUAAAUUGUGGACAUAACAGAUCAUUAAAUUAAUUUCCGUCUUUUAACAUUUUAUUUUUGAUGAAAUGAAUCUAAAUUAAAUGUGUUUAAUUUAAGUAAGUAUGUUUUUGGUAUUUGACGCCAAACAGUUUUUAAAGGUGGUAGCUGCCACCCCAUGUCACCCCUCUAGAUCCGCCUCUGGAAACAGGAACCAAAUAGCAAGGGCUGACAGUACAGCCGUGUGUAGUGCAACAUGUGAGACAGUAAGUGUAUAUAGCGGCAUGUUUCUUCCAACCGUUAGCCCUAACGUAUACUGUAUACGCUCCACUGCUGGUGAGGCCAGUUGAGUCAAUAUAGCUUCACUUUCUGUUGCUAAAGCUUCUCUUCAAGGGUUACUGGGACAUGAAAAAUCACUUCUGGAUAUCCAGCACGCAGACACUCUGGACAGGACAGCACAACAGCCCUUUGGACUCCAUCUUCUCCAGAGAAAUCCAAGGAACUUCAAAAACUCAGUGGAAACAGAAAAAAAUAUGCUCUAUAACACUGUGCAACUGGUUAGAAAAUGAUGCACUACAUUCCAACAUUCAUAAAUCCUUUAAUGUGUUCAAACACAGGGUAUAGUCUCAUCACGUACAGUAUGACUGUGUGUUCACCUCUACUGUACUACUGUAUCUCAUUACAGACUCAAUGAUUUGAGGUGAAAAUAGAAGAGGAACAUGAGCAGACAUAGACUGAGGUGUGGCAAAUGAGAACUGAUAGAAAUAAAGGUUAUACUGUAUUUUCUGAUGCAGAAUUAUUAAGAGCAGAUUAACAGGAAGAGGAAAUAUAGAACAGCGGAAGGAUAGAUUGCUAGAGCAAAUAAGGAAGGUUAAGCUGUAUGUGAGAGACUGAAGGAGAGGAUGGAGUUAUACCUUUAAAAAAUGAGAUGGAGGAAGUCUGAAGAGAGGAAAAGGAGAUAGGAUAUGAAAAGAAAGAUGAGAGUGAGAGAAAGAGUAGCCCAGCAUCCCAGAACUGUCUGCCAUUUUUACAUCUUCGUCUCAAAGCUGAGCCACUUCCAUUUCAGCACCAUGUUCCUCAACUUCUAAAACCUCACAAACAACAUAUUUCAUCAUAUUUAAAAAAAAAAAACGUUGCUUAUUAUAUAAUUGCAGUCUCAUAAACAAGAUUUUUUCUAAGUAUGUGCAACUUCCUAUAUAGUUACAACUUCAGUAAUGUCAACAAAGCUUUCUGUGUUUUAACUUGCAGUUUCUGGCAUGAUUCAUAAAAAAGUUCAGGUCUGUUUAAGAAGAUGCAACAUUACAAAGUAGAAAUGUUCUUUAUAGACGGGUUUUUCCAUGUGACGAAUGGCAAACAGGUGGUUUCUGUAUGUUCUAUAAACACUGUAAUCUGACUAGAGAUGCUCCUGCUAUGUUCCUUGGCAAUUGAAUUGUAUGGAUAUGGACUGGCAGUGAUUAGGUUUCCUGCCCAUUAACUCCCCACAGUUUAAUUAGCUUAUUGGGUCUCUUCCUGUGGCAGCGAUCCCGUCUGAUAGGCUGCCUUCUCAGAAAACUUAAAUUUAUGUGCCACCGGCCUGAUGUAUACCAUCUCGGGUCCUCCCAGGGUUUUGUCCUUUGUUUUCGGACAAAUCAAUAUUUCUGCCCCACCAAACAAAUCCAAAUAGCUCUCUCUACCCUCCUCUCUCUACAAGACAAGACUGACUCACUCAUGAAAUCAAUGCUUUUAUUACAUUGAAAAUAUAUUUUAGCCCUCGACUCUUGUUUGCACGCCCUCCAAAUUAUAAAUGUAGGUUAAUUGUGUUCCGCAUUAAAGCAAACUAAAUGACCUCAUAAACUUGAUUGUAAAACCAUAGUUUAGUGAUGGUAACAAAGCAAACCAGUGGAAUUUAUUUUUAAUCUUUAUUUACAGAAUUUUUGUAUUUAAACCUACAUAUUUGUAUUGUAAUUACAUUGUACAAAAGAUAAAUAAAGUAAUAUAAUAUUA